AUGAAACUCGCAAUUUAAACAGCAUUGAAUAACAUUUCAAAACCAUAAGUUGGUAACGAGAUUACAUCUUAUAUGCAAAAUGUGCUUCAAUUUAGAGGAUUACUUUAGCCUUAAAUUGAAUCAGUUUAUAAGCAAUUUAGAAAAGAAAUUUCAACACUAAAUGAUAAUUAAAAAUAUGAUUUGGCUGAUUCUUUAAUGAGAGAGCAGUUCGGAGAGGAUAAAAGGUUUGGUUUGAUGAUAGCCGAGAAAAUUGAGUUUGAUCUUCCAAGGAUAAAACAGACUGAACAUUGGUUCUUGGAAGGUUUCAUUUAGGAUUGGGGAACUUCAGAUAUCUAUUGUAGUAGAGUUUUAAAGCCUUUUGUAUAGGACAAGGAAAAUGCUAAGUUAAUGAUUGAAUGGUCAAAAUGCAAUAACUUAUGGAUGAGAAGAUCUAGUUGUGUAGGAUUUAUAUUUUUAGUCAAUAAAAAUAAAUGUGAUUUAAAGAUGCUAUUUGAUAUUUGCUAAGAAAAUAUCAUUCAUUAAGAGAGAUUUAAUUAAUUAGGAACUGGCUGGUUAUUGAGAGAACUAUCAUAGGUUGAUUUGAAACAGGUAAUUUAAUUUAUAGAGAAAAAUCUACAAUAUUUUAGUAGUGAGGGCUUGAGAUAUGCUUAUGAAAAAAUGGAUUAGCCUUAAAAAGAUUACCUAAGAGAUCUGCUUAAUCAAUAUAAGAAAUAAUAACGAAGGUUAAAGAAGUUAUGA